AUGGAUCACGGAACUCCCAAGCCUGCGCACCUGACUUGGACGAACAUUGGUGUCGGAUUAUUGUUUCUCCUCCUCGAUGCUUUUCUCAGCUGGUAUUUUGCUCUGGGACUCAGCACGUCUCUUCUCGUCGCCGCUGCACGAUGCGUCGUCCAGCUCACUGUCAUGGGCUUCGUCCUUCAACGCGUGUUCGAGACGGAUUCACCGUGGGCGGUCGCAGGCAUAACAUUGAUCAACAAGUCGAAGCGGCGGUUCACACACAUGUUUCCAACGGUCCUCGUCUCCAUGAUGUCGUCCGCCAUCCCUGUUUCUAUCCUCGGCACUCGCUUCGCCAUGGGUUACACGCCGUGGUGGCAGCCAGCAGCAUAUAUCCCCGUCGUUGGUAUGCUCUGUGGGAACACCAUCUCGGCAAUUGUCGUCUCCACAACGAGCGUGUUACGCGAUAUCAACUCUCGCUUCGAGGCAUGUAAACCAAUCGCCACCGAGGCGCUCCGACUCGCAUUGACGCCGACGCUGAACCAAAUGAGCGUAAUUGGCCUGAUUUCAAUUCCUGGUAUGAUGACGGGCGCGAUUCUUGGAGGUAGUUCGGUGGAACAAGCAGCUCGUUUGCAGAUGGUGAUCAUGUUUCUCAUCUCUGCCGCGACGGCUCUGGCAGCAAUCAUGGCGACUACACUCGCAUGCGCAACGGUCGUCGACCAAGAGCAGCGUAUCCGCGAGGAGCGCAUUUCCGAAGGAGCGGCAACAGUAUGGAUUGUACGGGACCGGAUUAGUGGUGCGGUACUUGACGCGCUCCGGUGGCCAUUCUCGCGACGGCAACCCAGCCAAUCCGAGGCUUAG